CCGUAGGAGAGUCUCUGGUCCUUUCAAUCUCUAGAGACUCAACAUCUAUAUCGUACGCCCACCGUCUCCAAUUCCAGUGACCGAUCUUGGCUCGAUCUUGGCUGCACGCAUCGAGUCGCGUCCCCGAACUCCGUAUCCGCCGGUUCGCCCAGUACUCUUCUUGUGACUCACCAACAUUGGCAAAUAUCAAUUGCGCCAAAUCCCCCGCCGCAAACGUCGUCUUCAAAUCUUCGGUGAAUAACCUCUCAAUCAUACCAUAGUCAUCAUGGGUUCUGCCGCCCCUACUCUCGCCGAGCUGGAUGCCUCGUUCAUCAAGGUCACUCGAUCGACCAAUCUCCGCGAUGUCCCUCUCCCCGGAUCGCCUGAGGAAUUGAGCCAUUCCCACUGCACCGAUCAUAUGGUCACUGUGCGGUGGACCGCGAGCAAUGGCUGGGACACGCCUGAAGUGAAGCCAUUCGCCAACCUGAGCAUCCCGCCCACGGCUUCGUGCCUGCACUACGCCACCGAAUGCUUUGAGGGCAUGAAAGUAUACCGGGGCCUCGAUGGCAAGUUGCGUUUGUUCAGGCCGGACCUCAACGGGGAGCGUCUGGACAUGAGCUCCAAGAGAGCCUCCUUGCCUGGUUUCAGAUACGGAGAACUGAAGCACCUCAUUGCCAAGUUGAUGCAGAUUGACGGACCACGUUGGCUCCCCAAGGAUCAGCCCGGUCGCUUCCUUUACCUCCGUCCCACCGUGAUUGGCAACGGCACGCAGCUCGGCGUGCAGACCCCCAAGGAGGCACUCCUCUUCAUCAUCGCGGUUCCCUGGCCCGACCCCUCGAAGAAGAAACAGGAAGAGGGUGUGCCGCACGGUCUGAAGCUCCUCGCCUCGCAGCCCGACACUAUCCGCGCCUGGCCCGGCGGUUUCGGCUACGCCAAGCUGGGCGCCAACUAUGGACCGUCCCUGGCUGCGCACGGUCGGGCGCAGGCGAUCGGAUUCGAUCAGGUUCUCUGGCUGUUCGGUGAGGAGCGUCAGGUCACUGAGGCGGGCGCGAGUAACUUCUUCGUCGUUUGGGAGAACAAGGAGACCGGAAAGCUGGAAUUGAUCACUGCGCCGCUGGACAACCAGUUGAUCCUUCCCGGUGUCACCCGUCGCAGUGUCCUCGAGCUGGCUCGGACACACUUCGCUCAGCCCUGCGGCAAACUUGCGCCUGUCGAGGUUGUGGAGAGGGAAUUCACGAUCAGCGACAUCGAGGAGGCCUGGAAAGAGGGACGCAUUGUCGAGUCUUUCGUCUCCGGUACCGCGUUUUUCAUCACACCUGUCAAGUUGAUCCGUAACGGCAACGUCGACAUGGGUUUGCUGACUGCUGGCGCUGAGCGCGCAGGUUAUGCAGCCCAGAUCAAGGAUUGGCUGGAGGCUGUUAUGUAUGGCAAGGAUGGCAGCGAGAACCACAAGUGGGGAUUCGUCAUCGAGGAUGAAGCUGUGAACUAGACAUUUACCUUGUCUGCUUUCGCAUGGUUUGGGGAAUGUUGGAACUUGGAUAUGCAAAUAAGAUUGCCACGUGGGGUUUGUAUGUGUGGAGGCGGGGUUGGGCUGCGUGCCUUGUAAAUAAAGCUAUGUUCUGC